GCAAUGAAAAUGAAAAGUGCUUAUUUUGUUGCUGGGCUCCUUUUAAUGAUAGUUCAAGGCAGCUGGCAAAAUCCUCUUCAGGAUACAGAAGAAAAAUCAAGAUCAUUCAAAGCUUCCCAGUCUGAACCAUUAGAUGAAUCUAGACAGCUGAAUGAAGUGAAACGUCACUCACAAGGCACAUUCACCAGUGAUUACAGCAAGUACUUGGACACUAGAAGAGCUCAGGACUUUGUGCAAUGGCUAAUGAGCACCAAAAGAAAUGGUCAACAAGGACAGGAGGACAAAGAAAAUGACAAGCUUCUGGACCAGCUCUCAAGCAAUGCAAUCUCUAAGCGUCAUGCUGAGUUCGAGAGACAUGCUGAAGGCACCUACACCAGUGAUAUCACCUCGUAUUUGGAAGGUCAAGCUGCCAAAGAGUUCAUUGCUUGGUUAGUGAAUGGACGAGGAAGAAGAGAUUUCCCAGACAAAGCUCUUGUGGAUGAACAAAUGGGCCGAAGACAUGCAGAUGGCACUUUCACAAGUGAUAUCAACAAAGUCCUUGAUGACAUGGCUGCCAAAGAGUUCCUAAAGUGGCUGAUUAACACAAAAGUUACCCAAAGGGACCUUUUGGAAGAAUACCAGUAA